UGUGUUUUUUUCUAUGCCUCUGGAAUUUUCACGUGUUUUGAAAUGGAGAGCUACGAUCAUAUUUUAUUACACAUGUUUCAGUGUUGUUUAUUUGGUUGUAUCAAAGUUGUUUGAAAAUAAUAUUUCAAUAAGCUAAAAUGGCAUCAGGCAAUGUGUUCACUCAGCUGCGCCCUUGCCAUGCACAAAUGAACGAAUACGUGAAGAAGCUCAUAACCUGCCCCUAUUGCCAAGUCUACGUUACACCCCCUUACCGCCAAUGCUCAGAGGGACAUCUACUCUGUUCCAAUCCUGAAUGUAGAAAGAGCGACACAAUCUGCUUCUGUGGCAGGCCAAUAAUUGACUUUGAAAUCAAACGCAUGAAACUAAUAUACGAUAUGUUAUGUUUCUCCUGCGAAUACGAAAAAAACGGAUGCAAGGCAGUGAUAAGAGGUAAGGAUUUGGAGUCUCAUCUGCUGAACUGCGAGUACAAAAACAGAACUGAACCGUUAUCGCCCAGGAGAAGUUCAGUAUAAAUUAUAAUAUUCUCUUAUAAUUCGUUAUGAGUAGUAAAAAACGAAUUCAAGAUCAUUACUCAUACUCAGUAUCCUAAAAUGCUCUCAACAACGUAGUGAUCUCAAAUUUGUUUCUUAUCUGCAAUUAUUGUUUCUUGAAAUAUUCUUUGUUCUUCAAUUUGUAUUCAAGUUAUUUAUUCAUUUUUGGUCGAUUUUCGAUCUGCUCAACAUUUCUGUGUUUUCUGAUAAUGUAAGUAUUGUAAUAUUUAUGAUAAAAACUUAAAACUUU